CCCCCCUCGCUUGCUUGCACUCACUUUCUUCUUCACUCCUCUCUCUCUCUCUCUCUCUCUCAGUUUCAGAUCAAUACCUACCCUACCACUUCAACCCCCACUUACCCUUCUCUCUCUCUCCUGUCUUCCUCCUCUGUUCAGCUUCAAGGACUCAUCAGAUGAGAGCCAACUGUACUGUCUGCAGAGAGUGAGAGAUAUACAUAUACAUACAACCAUUUUUCACUCGAUCUGCUUCUUUGGGCUAUGGAGAUGGAGAAUCUUGUGAAGUCAUCAGCAGCACAGUCACAGCAUGGGUUCAUGGAGCUGCUAGGCAUGCAGGACUUGACCCCUUUCAGUUACUAUCAUGACAACUACCUGCUCGAUGACAUGCUUCUUCUUCAUAACAAAGCCACCCCGAAGCCCCCGGCCGGCGUGGAGUACUCCUCCUUGGAGGCGGCGAAUCAGCCCGCCACCCCUAACACCUCCUCGAUCUCCUCCGCCUCGACUGACGAGGUGCAGGUCAAGGCUGCCGAAGAGGAUGAGGAGGAUGAAGAUGGCACGAAACAGCACGGAGCCGAAGAACCAGAAGAAGAAGAAGAAGAAGAAGAAGAAGAGCAAGAGGAGAAAAAGACUAAAAAGAAAGCCUUGGAAAGGAAUAAAAAAGCAAAAGAGAAGAAGCAGAGGGAGCCGAGAUUUGCCUUCAUGACUAAGAGCGAGGUCGAUCACCUUGAAGACGGCUAUCGCUGGCGAAAGUACGGCCAAAAGGCUGUCAAAAACAGCCCCUUCCCCAGGAGCUACUACCGUUGCACCAGCGCCUCCUGCAAUGUGAAGAAGAGAGUGGAGCGAUCCCACGCCGACCCGUCUAUCGUCGUGACAACGUACGAGGGCCAGCACAUCCACCCGAGCCCUCUCCUCGUCCCCCGCCACUCUGCCCUGAUGAGGCCAGCACCUGAAUACUCCGCCUUCUCCGGCAGGGUCGGGAACCUAUUCUCAGUGGACCCGAACAUGAUCCAAAGGAGGAGCCAUCACCAGUGUGGUCCGUACUACUGUCCACCCAGAGUCACUAUCAAUGACUUGUCGCCUGUGAUGAGGUCCGGUCAAAGCUUGCAGGGGUCAACAACUGCGGCUAUUAUUGAGAAAAGAGGGUUCUGCCCUCCCGGGUCAUCGGCGCCGGCGAGUCUCCUGAUUUUGGAUGACGGCCUCCUCCAAGACGUCGUCCCGUCCCAUGUCCUAAAGGAAGAGCAGUGAACUCUCUCCCCCUCUUAAUUAUUGGGUUCUGAUUUUGAUGUAAUUAGUUAGGACAGAAACUUAAUUAGGGACCCAUCAAAGUUGUGUGCAACGCCUGCAGGCAGGCCCGCUCUCGUAGUACUUAGUCACUAGAUACCGAUUCGAAAGGUCGACCUGAACACCUUAUGUAAACUCGAAUAUUGGUACCCGAUCAACCGAUGGCAUUACUGGUCUCUCCUGGCUCGCUAAUUACAUGAUUUCUCCUGUACUUGCCGUGGACUAAGUUAAUGAAACACCUUAUAUGUUCCAUGA